CGGUGGCGGUGCCGGGUGCGCGCCACGUCAGGCGGGGCGGGAGCGGCGGGAUGCGGGCCGGGAUGCGGGCGCUGCCGCUGCUGAUGCUGGUGUCGGUGCUGGGCGCGCUGCGGGCCGGCGGCACCGAGCUGACGUUCGAGCUGCCCGACAGCGACCGGCAGUGCUUCCACCAGGAGCUGGAGCGCGGCCUCAAGUUCACGCUGGACUACCAGGUGAUCACCGGCGGACACUACGAUGUGGACUGCUACGUGGAGGACCCCAAUGGCAGGACGAUCUACAAGGAGACCAAGAAGCAGUACGACAGCUUCCCGCACCGUACUGAAGUCCAGGGUGUCUACACCUUCUGCUUCAGCAACGAAUUCUCCACCUUCUCCCACAAAACCGUCUACUUCGACUUCCAGGUGGGCGACGAGCCCCCGAUCCUGCCCGACAUGAGCAACCGCGUCACCGCGCUGACGCAGAUGGAGUCUGCCUGCGUCACCAUCCACGAGGCGCUGAACACGGUGAUCGACUCCCAGACCCAUUACCGCUUGCGGGAAGCACAGGACCGGAGCAGAGCCGAGGACCUCAACGGCCGGGUCUCGUACUGGUCGGUCGGGGAAACCCUCAUCCUCUUUGUGGUCAGCAUUGGGCAAGUGCUGCUGCUCAAAAGCUUCUUCACUGAGAAGCGCCCCGGCAGCGGCAGCACCAGCACCUAGAGCCUCAGCCACGCCGUGCUGAGCUGCGCGGGGAGCGGGCAGCAGCGUUCUCCUGGGUCACCUCGUGCUCUGCAAGGUGCUGCUGCGGGGAGGGCGCUGCAGGGAGCAGGGGAUGCCGUGAUGCUGCUGAGUUGGGUGGGAAACAGUCACCCAAGUAUAGGCAUCCCCUGGCAGGCUCCCCAGCAUCACCUCCCACUGCAUUGCCCUGCCUGUGGCUCUGUCCCCUCUUCCGGCCGGUCUGUGUCUGCUCUCCAGCUUCCCUGGGGGAGCGGGUGGGUGUCCUGGAGCAGCAUCAACCCUCCAGACCCUUGUCCAACAACUGCUACACUGUCAGAACAUGGGGGAAAGAGC